AUGGCGAUCGUAUCAGAUGACAGAGUUUCGUCAGAGCGAGAGGUCUAUACUUCCGACACCACCAGCACCGAUGACGACGAUUUCCAGCCCUUUGCGCUGCCCGACGUCGGAGCUGAGCCUGCUGAUGGCCUUCCCGCCGGGGACUUACCACUUGCGGUGAUCCCUGUUCCUAUACCGCUUGCUGCUUAUCCCGUCGUAGACAUGCCACUCGAUGUUGCCCCUGUAGAGGAGCUUCCAGCUGAUUCACCUGUCCCAGAUUCCUUUGAGUCUGUGGCAUCUGCAUCCUUACACGCUCAGGGAGUGCAGCAUCACUCUUCAGACGCCGACCCUGACAUGGCGUUAUCAGCUGCACCUGCUCCCGCACACGACUUUGAGUUUGAUCACGAUCCUGCUGUGGCCCCAGAGCCUUUAGCUGCUCCUGACCCUGCAUUAGAGCAUGACCCUGUUCAUGAUGAUGCACCAGCCAUUGCACCUUUUGUUGAUGAUGCACCCGCUGCUGACGCGCCUGCUGACACUCCACUCUUGAUAGAGGAUCCUGUUGUUGCACCAUUUCCUGAUCCGGUGCCGCUUUUGAUUGUUGUUCUAGUUGACUAG